CACUAUGUCUGGAAGAGGCAAAGGCGGCAAGGGACUCGGAAAAGGAGGCGCCAAGCGUCACCGCAAAGUUCUCCGCGAUAACAUCCAGGGAAUCACCAAACCCGCUAUCCGCCGUCUGGCUCGCCGCGGCGGCGUGAAGCGUAUUUCCGGUCUGAUCUACGAGGAGACCCGCGGUGUCCUGAAGGUGUUCCUGGAGAACGUGAUCCGUGACGCAGUCACCUACACCGAGCACGCCAAGAGGAAGACCGUUACCGCCAUGGACGUGGUCUACGCUCUGAAACGUCAGGGACGCACCCUACCCAGUGCCCUUUGGGUUCGAGUCGGGAGAAGCGCCAUGGCCAGAACCAAGCAAACCGCUCGCAAAUCCACCGGUGGCAAAGCCCCCAGGAAGCAGCUUGCCACUAAGGCUGCUCGCAAGAGUGCCCCGGCCACCGGCGGUGUGAAGAAGCCUCACCGUUACAGGCCCGGCACCGUGGCUCUGAGAGAGAUCCGUCGUUACCAGAAGUCCACUGAGCUGCUCAUCCGCAAGCUGCCCUUCCAGCGCCUGGUGCGAGAAAUCGCCCAGGACUUCAAGACCGACCUGCGCUUCCAGAGUUCCGCCGUGAUGGCCCUGCAGGAGGCUAGCGAGGCUUACCUGGUCGGCCUGUUCGAGGACACCAACCUCGAACAAACCAUGUCUGGAAGAGGCAAAGGCGGCAAGGGACUCGGAAAAGGAGGCGCCAAGCGUCACCGCAAAGUUCUCCGCGAUAACAUCCAGGGAAUCACCAAACCCGCUAUCCGCCGUCUGGCUCGCCGCGGCGGCGUGAAGCGUAUUUCCGGUCUGAUCUACGAGGAGACCCGCGGUGUCCUGAAGGUGUUCCUGGAGAACGUGAUCCGUGACGCAGUCACCUACACCGAGCACGCCAAGAGGAAGACCGUUACCGCCAUGGACGUGGUCUACGCUCUGAAACGUCAGGGACGCACCCUGUACGGUUUCGGCGGUUAAACACACUCUUCGGAACCUCAACACCCCGACUCGAACCCAAAGGCUCUUUUAAGAGCCA